UACAAACUCCACACACCCCAAUUCUUUCAAUUUCCCCUAUUUUUGUAUUUUUCUCUUUAGAAUAUAUUACAAUUCUCUUAACGCUUUCUUUCUCUUUCCAUACCCUUUUAAUUAAUGUUUGCUACACUUGAGUUGCCCCUAAGAGAUGAUAGUAGACAUAAAAGGCUCAAAGUCGGAAGAGCAUGUCAUCCUUGUCGAAUGAAGAAGAUAAAGGUACUUCAAUUUUCAAAUUGUGAUCAAUUGUGAUGGAAAGCAGCCAUGUAUGCAGUGCAAAGCUAGGAGACGGAAAUGCAUGUAUUUAAAGAAUCCCGAUGAGACAUACAUUAGACUGGAUCCCGUUGGUGAGACACCUACUGGCAGUUCGUCGAUAUCCGAUUCAUACUUACAAGAUCUUGGCGAAAAUCAAUCCAGGCAUAAUCACAGUACAAGCAGUUUAAACAAUAACAUCAGCAUCAGUAACAUUACACCGGUCCGGGACGACAGUAAAAUAUAUGCUCAAGAUAAACCUGAUAAUUUAUUCGCCAGUAGUACUAACGGCUCUGUAUCAUCACUCUCUUCCCAGCCUGCGGUUCAACCCGCCACACGUCCCGAUAAAAUGAUUGAACAAUUAACUGACGGGCUGGUUCGUUUAACGUUACAUCAUGAUUCCUCAAAACUAGGAAACGAAAAUGUCACUCCAUGGCGUACAUACGGUGAGUUUGUUCGAUGGACUCCAGAGCCACACCUACCAGUAUUUUAUACAGCUCCAAUUGAUAUGCCUUCAAGACCAACACAAGAACAUCUUAUUGGUGUGUUCUUUGAUGAAUGUCAUCAUAUUUUACCCACUUUAUCAAGAUCUAUGUUUUAUGAACAGCUUAAAGUGAAAGGACCGCUAGUAACACCUCUCCUUUUAAAUAUUAUUUACGCUCAUGCUUCAAAGCGUAUCAACAAUCCUGCAUUUCGAUCAGAAUCUUCAAAUCCAGCUACGCAAGGCGAUCUAUUUUAUAAUAGAGCUAGAAGAUUAGUGGACGAUUUUCUGGACGUUCCGAGAAUCAGUACUGUGAUAUCAUUACUUUAUAUGGCUUUGUAUGAGUGUGACCAAGUACCUCAAAGUGGGACAAUCAUCAGAUCUAGUCGAGCAUGGAUGUAUAGUGGCAUGGCAAUUCGUAUGUGCUUUGAACUGGGCUUACAUACUGCCAAUUACAGCAGCCAAAUGUCUCAAUGCGACAUCGAGUUACGUAAGCGUGUUUUAUGGACUUGUUUCGUGAUGGAUAAAUUGGAAAGUUGCUCGAUGGAAAGACCUUGGAUGCUGAAAUCCAAAGAUAUUGCAUUAGAUUUCCCAACACCUUUACCAGAGGAUUCAUUACAAGAACGACUUGUACUGGAAGGAUUUAACCAAUUAUGCAGACUGAUGAUUCUGAUGGAAAAAGUGAUACACUUCUUCACAUACGAUAUGAAGAAUCUAAGUCUUUGGACAAUUAGUGAAGAAAAUCAAAUCCUACAAUAUUUGGACGCUAUUAACCAAUGGAGAGAGAUGUUACCGAAUGAAUUACAAUGGACAACACCAGCAAACAAUCCUAGCAUACAAAGAUUUAUACCAGCCGUUCCUUCCUCCGCCGUUGUUGCCAAUUUACACUUAGUUUGUUAUAAUCUUGAAUUAUCGUUGAUUAUGUGCUGUAGAUAUCAAGACGAGCAUCUUCAUCGUGAAAGAAGAAGAACCUUGGCAAACACAAUUACACAUAUUGUUUCAUUGACAGUACAACACCAACAUCUCAUGUACACUUUCGCUGUCUCGACAUUCUCCGGUAUAUUCGCAGCUCUCACACAUGCUGUUGAUUUCGAUAAUCAACGUUUGGAUAUAUCCGAAGGAUCAAAACUCCAAUUUAGAAAAAGUUUAGAAGAUGUCCGACUUAUUGUGGAAAGACUUCCUAUGCGUGAUUUACGGAACUUUGCACGUCUUGUAGAUUUAACCCUUCAACCCGGCAAUAAUACCAACAAUGUGAAUAUGCACAACAUGUCAAUUCCGUCCUCUUAUGCUUCGGCAUUCUCCGCAAUCACAGAUUUGUGUCAUAAAGAGGAUUCGGGUAGCAUGACACCUUCAUCUAUUGAUUUGUAUGGCCAACAACACGAUGCUUUGGAAAGCGGAUCUGUGUAUGGGUCCGUAUCGCCGGAAAGACGUAGAUCACCUUUCCAUAAUAACCCCAUGAUUUCCGGACAGUUUGCAUUUGACGCCUGUUAUCAACAACCACACAGCACUCAAUCCUCACCAUCUGGUUCAGUGUCAGCGGCAGCUGUUGCAGCUGCUGCAGCGGCGGUGGGUGCGGUAGGUACACCUAGUGCUGCAUCUGGUCCCACCAACAAGGAUAUUGAGCCGGCUGACUACACUUUUGAAUUGAUUUCUGUUGCUGAUGAAUGGGCAAGAUCACUUAUAUAUUAAUAUAUCUCUAGACCAACCCCCUCGCCAAAUUUUGUUUCUUCCGUCUUCCCUUCUUUUACCGUCUACCAUCAUAAUUCGUCUUUCUUUACUUACUAUAUUAUUCUCAUGUAAUUAGCAUCAUAUAAAAUAAAAAAAUCAAAAAAGUGUAAUAUAUUAUUAA